AAGGGCGGCGACAUGAUCGCGUUCGAGACGCGGAACGGCUUUUUGCCCAAGGAGCAGCUCGGCUUUGACAAGGCUAAGUUGCCCGAGAUCCAAGCGACGAUCGCGCGCGUCUUGGACGAAGUCGACCGGGAUGGCUUUGAGAGCGACCGUAUCGAUGCCAUGCUCCACCAGAUUGAGCUCAGCCAAAAACACAUUGUGGGCAAGUUUGGCAUGACGCUCUUGCGGGGCGCGGCGUCGACGUGGUGCCACGACGGCGACAUGAUUGCCGCGCUUGGUAUCAACCCGUACCUUGCGCGCCUCGAGCGCGAUGUACAUUUUUCCCAUUUUAUUCGGAAUUAA